AUGGACGGCCCGGCGUCGUCGUCCUUCAACGGCCAUUCUCAACGUCGCAAACUCGUCAAGAAACCCCCCUCCCACACGUACACUCGCUCCUCCUCGGGUCUCGACGACUCUCGCUCGCUCGGCAGCAGAAGCAGCUCCCAAAGCCUUCGACGAGCACCCAGUGCGCCCCCCGUCCGAUCCUCCGUUGCAAACACCUCGAGCAGCUCGUCGCCAAGACAUCCGACCGCCUCGCAGUGGCCGUCGAAUGCCUCUUCUUCCGUCGCCCCGGGGGACCUUCUUGCUGCCUCCAACCUGACCACCAGCAGCCCCGCCCUCGCGCAGCGUCCUCCAAACCGCCUCUCCGACUCGCUCCCUCGCCGUCACAGCAGAGAUCCCUCCGACGACCUCCUGGGCGCGCCUUUUGACGGUGCUGCCAUCCUGAGCCGCAUCGAGUCUACAAAGUAUACUCUCCCGCGAGACUCUGCCCAGCGAUCACCAGCGUCCCCCCCACUCGCCAGGUCCCUCACUGGCACGCGAAUCGUGAGCCCCGCGCUCCGAGCCUCACAGAGCUUCAGCAACAUGGAGCCCGUCGUGACGGAGAAAAUCCAGGGCGGCAGAGCACCUGAUGGCGCAGCAGCGACGCCGAAGCGGUAUUCCGACGAGGGAAAGGAGUCGAAGCCGCCCAUGAUUCGCAAGAAGUCGGGUUUCUCCGGUUUCGUCACCAGUUUGGUCGGCUCACAAAAGAAGCCCACCAUUUCAGCCCCAGAGAAUCCGGUUCAUGUCACUCAUGUGGGAUACGACAGUACCACUGGACAAUUUACUGGCCUGCCCAAGGAAUGGCAACGCUUGAUAAACGAAAGCGGCAUUCCCGAGAAGGAGAGACGAGAAAACCCUCAGACCAUGGUGGACAUUCUUCAAUUUUACAAGGAAACGACCGAGCGCCCGCCCGAGGAUCAAAUUCUGGAGAAAUUCCACCACGCCGGACCGACAGAAAAUCGUUCACAUAACACACCGGCCUCGCCAAACAUGUACCCCGCGAAUUACAUGGGAAGUUUUGAGAAUCCUCGAGCGCCUCCACCUGUGCCAGCUUCGAGGAAUCAUGGUAGAGACAUGAUGCCAAGCCGGCCCGCUCCCAAGCCGCCGGUCAGCAUAAACAACCGGUCCAUGCCGUCGAGUGUGUAUCCCACCAAGGACUCUGGUAUCGGUCUAUCCCAACAAUCCGACGAUUACUCCCCGCAGUCAAAGGACAAUGCGCCCAUGCUGCCCGAGGAGCACCGGUCAAGAUCCAACUCUCGUGCCAACGGUCAAUCGCCGUACGGCCCCUCGACCCCGCUACCUGGUCAGACGACUGUGCAAGUUGCCGCGUAUCAGCAGCAGCAACUUGUACAACAACAGCAUGAACAGGCCUUGGCGCAGGCCCAAGCGGCAAUGUCCGGACACGUUGGCCGGGCUCCCAGCAAGAGACAACCACAGCACCAGGCGCCGGUGCCAGGCCCCCAUCAGGCGGCCGCCUACGCUCGACCUGCCGAUGCGAACGGACACUCGAACGCUUCACGCCAGCAGGCAGGUCCGGGUGCGGUAGCUGGCGCCAGACCCAGACAAAGGGCCCGCCAAAGCAACGGCAUUGAUGUGAUUGCGUCGCUCAAAAGAAUUUGCAGCGAGGGCGAUCCGCGGGAAGUCUUUCGCGGCUUCACAAAGAUUGGCCAGGGCGCUUCUGGCGGUGUCUUUACAGGCUACGAGAGGGGCACCAACCGACUUGUCGCCAUCAAGCAGAUGAAUCUGGAGCAGCAACCGAAAAAGGACCUGAUUAUUAACGAAAUCCUGGUCAUGAAGGACAGCUCACAUCCCAAUAUCGUCAACUUCAUCGAUAGCUACCUCUGCGCAGGAGAACUGUGGGUGGUCAUGGAGUUCAUGGAAGGAGGCAGCCUGACAGACGUCGUCACCUUUAACAUCAUGACUGAAGGACAAAUUGCAUCUGUGUGCCGGGAGACCCUCAAGGGCCUUCAACAUUUGCAUUCCAAGGGCGUGAUCCAUCGCGAUAUCAAGUCGGACAACAUCUUGCUAUCUAACGAGGGCAGCAUCAAGCUCACCGACUUUGGGUUUUGCGCCACCAUCAACGAGGCGCAGAACAAACGAACAACCAUGGUUGGCACGCCUUACUGGAUGGCCCCGGAGGUUGUAACGAGGAAAGAGUACGGGCGCAAAGUAGACAUCUGGUCGCUGGGAAUCAUGGCCAUUGAAAUGAUCGAGGGCGAACCUCCAUAUCUAACCGAGUCGCCACUUCGAGCGCUGUGGCUCAUUGCCACCAACGGAACGCCGCAGAUCAAGAGUCCGGACGAGCUCUCGCCUGUGUUCAGGGACUUCCUCCACUUUGCUCUAAAGGUAGACCCCGAGAAGAGAGCGAGCGCGCACGAUCUUUUAAGGCACGAGUUCAUGAAACAGUGCGUAGAUCUAGGCCAACUGGCUCCCCUCGUGCGAGCCGCCAGAGAACAAAGAGCUCAGGAAAAGGCACGAAAGCAAUAA